AGCCGCCCUCCGCUCGCCCGCUCCUCGCCGCGCGCCCGCCCGCCCUCGCUCCCCAGCCGGCCUGCCUGCCUGCCUGCCUGCCUGCCUGCCUGCCUGCCGGCGGCGGCGGCGGCGCGCUCCAGCCGCCCCGAUGCCCGAGCCAGGCCCCAGGAUGAACGGCUUCUCGCUGGGCGAGCUGUGCUGGCUCUUCUGCUGCCCGCCCUGCCCGAGCCGCAUCGCCGCCAAGCUGGCCUUCCUGCCGCCCGAGCCCACCUACACGGUGCUGGCGCCGGAGCAGCGCGGCCCCGGCACGCCCGCUCCGGCCUCGGCCGCUUCCGCCUCCUCCGCCUCCGCCGCGGCCCAGCCGGCGCCGCAGCAGCCCGAGGAGGGGGGCGCGGGGCCCGGCGCGUGCAGCCUGCACCUGAGCGAGCGCGCCGACUGGCAGUACUCGCAGCGCGAGCUGGACGCCGUCGAGGUCUUCUUCUCGCGCACCGCCCGGGACAACCGGCUAGGCUGCAUGUUCGUGCGCUGCGCACCCUCCAGCCGCUACACGCUGCUUUUCUCGCACGGCAACGCGGUGGACCUGGGCCAGAUGUGCAGCUUCUACAUCGGCCUGGGCUCGCGCAUCAACUGCAACAUCUUCUCCUACGACUACUCCGGCUACGGCGUCAGCUCCGGCAAGCCCUCCGAGAAGAACCUCUACGCCGACAUCGACGCCGCGUGGCAGGCGCUGCGCACCCGGUAUGGCGUAAGUCCCGAGAAUAUCAUCCUGUACGGUCAGAGCAUUGGGACGGUCCCCACGGUAGACCUGGCCUCCAGGUAUGAGUGUGCUGCGGUGAUUCUCCAUUCGCCUCUGAUGUCUGGAUUGCGUGUGGCUUUUCCCGACACCAGGAAAACGUACUGCUUUGACGCCUUCCCCAGCAUUGACAAGAUCUCCAAAGUCACCUCUCCCGUGUUGGUCAUUCACGGCACAGAGGACGAGGUCAUCGACUUCUCCCACGGCCUGGCCAUGUACGAGCGCUGUCCCCGGGCCGUGGAGCCGCUCUGGGUCGAAGGGGCCGGGCAUAAUGACAUAGAGCUUUAUGCACAAUACCUAGAGAGACUAAAACAGUUCAUUUCUCACGAACUUCCCAAUUCCUGAAGACGACAACUUGAUCUUACCUCAUUGACUGUGAACACGAGUCCUCCGUUUUACACAUGCUUUCACUGGACAGCCGUCAUGGCGUGGUCACCACAAGGAAGCACGCAGCUUUUUGGGCAUCCUCAUCAGAGAGCCGAGGACUUCUCAGUCUUUCGUAUCCACAGGUUCUACUGACUCACACAUCUUGUUAAACCGAACAGUUGUGACUUCCAGCUUCAUUGCCUUGCAGGGCGGGAAUGAGAGCUGAGUGGGGGAACCACUUUCUUGUGCUGUAAAAAAGGAUGCUCACACCCCUUUCUCCACCUUACCCGUCAUGUAGGAUGCAUUAAUGCAGGACUCAGCCUCUCUCUACCCGUGUUCUCAGUAUUUGACCUGCAGCUCUCUUUCAGCCACUGGAUUCAUGGGUGCAGUCCAUUUGUGAAGCUGUGAUAGUUUAACUGGAAACCAUUGUGAUGAAAAUUCUUUUGUUCAUUUUUAUUAACAUGCUGAUCUUUUCCCUCAGACAAAUCAAUUAAAGGGUAAUUUACUGGAACUAUGGUGAAUGGCUUCAUCAACUGGAACCAUAUAAAUAUAACUGGAAUAUUCUUAAACAAAAUGAAACUUUUUUUUUAAGUGUAAAGUUAUUACUACUAGUCCACAGAGUUUAAUAUUUUGAUCGUCUGGUUGGUCUAACAAAGAACCUAGCCAACUUUCCUCCUUGUAGGCUUUUUUAAAGUAAUGUACAUAUUUGCAAUCACAUUGUGCAUAGAUUCCUAUUGAGUAAUUUUCUUCCUUCAGGCCACAACAAUGAACUGCAGAUUCCUUGUUUGUAAUGUAAAUGAUUGAAUACAUUUUGUUAAUAUGUUUUUAUUCCUAUGUUUUGCUAUUAAAAAAAUUUUAUAACAUUUCCAGGACAAAAAAAAAAGACAAGUUUAUGCUUUGAAAAAUUUAUGUAAUUAAAAUUUCAUGAAACUAAUCUUUUUAGUUUAGGAGUUAUUUGGAUUUUGACACUGGGGUUGCACCAACAGCAUCAGAAAUGUAAGAUGCUUAAAAUUGUUACACUACUUCUGUUGAUUGGGGGUUUGGGUUUGAGAGUUCUUUGGUUCUAUUAAAAAAGCUUUUUUUUUUUUUUUUUCCAAAUUUAAAAGCCUUAAAUGUACUGUAAGCCUCCGAUUGUUGUACAGCUGGGUUGCGGGUGACUGCCAGUUUGUGUAGUGUUGCCUGGUUGCAACACGGUGGUUGGUCAUGGAAUAAAGGAUGCAUGGAUCUGAAAA